AUGGGAGAGCCUGGGCACCCCCUGGGGUCCCCAGUGCUGCAGGAGGGGGGUUGCUGGGAGCUCCAGGGUCUCACCACCGCACAUCGCUCCCCUCCAGUGAACGUCCUGACCGCUGUGGCCCUGUCCCGCCUGGCCACGAGGACCAAGAAGUCAUCCUACUGGUACCUGCUGGCCCUCACCACCUCUGACAUCCUCAGCCAGGUCUUCAUCAUCUUUGUGGGCUUCAUCCUGCAGACGGCCAUCCUGGCCCGGGCGGUGCCCAGUGCCUUCAUCCACACCGUCAACGUGUUGGAGUUCACGGCCAACCAUGCCUCCAUCUGGGUCACCGUCCUGCUGACCAUGGACCGCUACGUGGCCCUCUGCCACCCGCUGCGCUACCGCGCCGUCUCCUACCCGCAGCGCACCCGCAAGAUCAUCGCGGCCGUCUUCGCCGUGGCUCUGGCCACGAGCAUCCCCUUCUACUGGUGGCUGGACCUGUGGCGUGAUGACGACCCCCCCAACACCCUGGACAUGGUGCUCAAGUGGGUGCACUGCGUCACCAUCUACUUCUUGCCCUGCAGCAUCUUCCUGGCCGCCAACUCCAUCAUCAUCUGCAAGCUGAAGCGGCGCAGGCGCUCAGGGGACGGCCGACCCCACCUGAGCAAGACCACGGCCCUCCUCCUGGCUGUCACCACCGUCUUCAUGGUGCUCUGGGCUCCCCGGACCAUCGUCAUGAUCUGCCACCUCUACGUGGCCUCCGUCAAGAGAGACUGGCGCGUGCACUUGGCCUUGGACAUCGCCAACAUGGUGGCCAUGCUCAACACCACCUUCAACUUCUUCCUCUACUGCUUUGUCAGCCAGACCUUCCGCCGCACGGUGGGCGAGGUGCUCCGGGGCCACCUCCGGCACGGCCCCCAGCCCAGCAGCGCCUGCUUCCCACCCCCAGCCCUGAAACCACUGGAGCUUCUGGCCUGCACGGCCCUCUGA